GAACAUUUCCCCAACCUACUGAUGAGCCAGUGGUGCCAAUGGAGGAGAUGCAAAGUCCCACUGCCACUGCUGAACAAGAGAUCCCUGAGAUCAUGACCCUUGAAUUUCCAGAGACUGCAAUCCCUGAGCAUCAGACACUGGCUAAGCCCGUGCAACAACACAAGAAACACACCUGGCAUCAGCUUUUGGGGAGAAUUUUCCGGCAUGGUGACAGAUCUCCUGUUUCAACUUUCCCCACAAAUACAGUCAAUGAAGAUGUUUGGCCACAGGGAUAUGGACAACUCACGAAGAUUGGAAUACAGCAGCAAUACGAGCUUGGGAAGUACUUAAAAGCUAGAUAUAAGAACUUCUUAAGCCCUUCAUACAAGCAAAAAGAGAUUUAUGUCCGAAGUACAGAUUACGAUCGAACCAUAAUGAGUGCUCAAGCAAAUCUGGCAGGUCUCUUUCCUCCUUCAGCCAGCGAGGCCUGGAACCGAGACAUUCACUGGCAACCUAUUCCAGUUCAUACUGUGCCUCUUUCAGAGGAAAAGUUGUUAAUGUAUCCUAAUUUUCACUGCCCACAUUUUAAUGAAUUAUUACAACGGGUCAAAGGAGAAGCAACAUUCCGGAAGACCCUCAAACAGUACAUG